AUGGCGACAGAAUCAUCAGAAGGAGAAGAAGAAGGGAAGAUCACAGGAGGAAUCAAACACUUGGUUAUAGAAGAUGAUCUUAGAGAAAUGGGAAAAAAAGCUGCUUGGAGCGUUAGUUCUUGCAAACCUGGAAAUGGAGUCUCUUCUCUUAGAGAUGACAAUCUUGACACUUAUUGGCAGUCAGAUGGAGCACAGCCCCAUUUGGUUAAUAUUCAAUUUCAGAAGAAAGUGAAGCUGCAAUUAGUUGUUCUUUAUGUGGAUUUUAAGCUUGAUGAGAGUUAUACACCUAGUAAGAUUUCAAUUCGUGCCGGUGAUGGGUUUCAUAAUUUGAAGGAGAUUAAGACUGUGGAACUUGUGAAGCCAACUGGGUGGGUUUAUCUAUCGUUAUCUGGAAAUGAUCCUAGAGAAACAUUUGUCAAUACAUUUAUGCUGCAAAUCGCUGUGCUAUCAAAUCACCUCAAUGGAAGGGAUACUCAUGUGCGCCAGAUCAAAGUUUAUGGACCUCGGCCGAACCCUUUUCCGCAUCAGCCUUUUCAAUUUACUUCAAGAGAGUUCGUUACAUACUCUUCUAUGAGAAGUAUCCAGUGUCAGAUUGUUUUGCGAGUAAUUGAUCUAAAGCAGCUUGAAAUAGGGGACCAUGUCUUAGAUGGUUUCCGAUGA